CAAUUAGUUGUGAGCUCACGUUGGAAUCCAACUCCAGAACAACUGCAAACCCUUGAGGAGUUGUAUCGACGUGGCACUAGAACUCCUUCAGCUGAACAGAUUCAACACAUAACGGCACAACUUCGACGUUAUGGGAAAAUUGAAGGCAAGAAUGUCUUUUACUGGUUUCAAAAUCACAAGGCUAGGGAACGCCAAAAGCGACGCCGUCAACUUGAAUCCGCUGCUAAUGCUGGUGGUGGUGGCGAUGAUCAGUCUCAUAGUAAUUGUAACGCUGAAAACCCCGAAAGGAAAGAAUCAGGAGCAAAUAGAACAGUUUUUGAAAUUGAACAGACCAAGCACUGGCCUUCCCCAACAACCUGCAGUACUCUUUCAGAGAAAACUGUAGCAACAACAAAGGCAGGAGUGGCAGAAUGUAGAGGAGCAGAAAGAUGGAUACCAUUCGAUGAAGGAGAACAAAGAAGGACCCUAUUAACAGAAAGCAAUGCCCCGUGGCAGAUGAUGCAUUUAUCUUGUUCACCCCCCACCAACACCAACACCACCCAUCUCAUGAAUGACAAUUCUACAACAAUUAGUAGUAAUACUAUUACUACUAAUAUUCCGUUAAUAAGCAGCUGUCCAUCAACACCAAGAACAAUGGAUCAUCAUCAGCCAAAGCGACUCCUAAAAGCCAAAGAUCAUCUUAACAUCUUUAUAGCACCUUUCGGAGUGGAUGAUCAUAAGCACGAAAAUAUCGAAAACAUUCUUGGAGAUGAAGUCCAUGGUGAAUCACAGACACUAGAACUGUUUCCUCUCCGCAGCAGCAACGACAACAGCAACGAAAAUAAUUUUUCAGAGAAGGACGAAAUAGAGGCCGCUGCAAAUUCUAACAACAACUUUAGCGGUACUAAUUACCAGUUUUUUGAGUUCCUUCCACUCAAGAACUAAGGAAUUAGUUAUGGUUGUUUGGCUAUUUAUGUAACUUAAAAUUAAUGAUGGGAUUUUUUCCCUAUUAGUAAUUAAUGAUGUGGUUAAUUCAAUAAUGUAUCGUUUCGCGAAAUGAGAGAUUAACUUAAAAUGCAUUUGGACCAUGUUAUUUGCAUCCAUGAAAUCAAUGUUUUACUCCCUCGGUUCA